UCUGCGAUCAUGUGGUUCCUGCUCCUGUAUUUUCAAAUAUCAGCUAUUCAAGGUCUCAAUGUGGCUUUGCGCGGAUCUGACAGCCCUUGUAAAGGCCGGCUGGAGGUGUAUCAUGGCGUUAAGAAGCAGUGGGGCUUGGUGUGUCAUUACGGGUGGAGUAAAGAAAAUGGAGAGGUUGUGUGUAAAUCAAUAGGGUGUGGGAAUCAUACACGCUCUGAUGUAGACAUGACCCUCUACAAAGAACCACCUCUGCCCCAACAAUACUGGAUGGAUCAAGUGAAAUGCACAUCUGAAGAAGAGAGCCUUUGGAAAUGCCCUUAUGUUGACAUAAAUAAAAAAGAAAAGUGUGAUGAAAAUAGUUUUGUUGCAGUUGAAUGCUCGGGAGAAGUUAAACUGAGUUUGAAUCUGAAUGGACAGCGUGAUGUAUGUGCUGGUGUGGUGGAGUUCUCUACAGCCAACGGCAUCAUUGGGGUCUGUAAUGAUAACUGGGCAAAUAAGACAUGUCAGGAGCUUGGUUGUGGAGAUGUUCAUUACAGUCCCAAGCCUGGAAUGUUCAAAGGACAACAGAGCAAACGAAAUGUAUUGCUUAAAUGUGUUGGCGAUGAGAAGUUCUCUUGGCAGUGUAUGGAGAGGUCAGACUGCCGGGAGCGAGCCAGUGUGAUCUGCAGCAAUCACAGGAGGUUCAGUCUACGAGAUGGCAGCGAUGCUUGCUCUGGGUUGGUGGAAGAGAAAACUGUCAAACAAAAAUCAUGGAAUCCUGUUCAGCCGGCAAAUGUGAAGCCUGAAGUCAUCUGUCCACAACUGAACUGUGGUUCCACUGGAAACUUUACAAAAGGAACUAACAUACUGACGUGCUCAGACCGCGUGAAACUCCAGAAUUUCACAGCAGAUUGUUUUGGAGAUGUUUCCAUUGCUGUGAAUGGUAUUAACUAUGAAGUGUGCUACAGUGAGCAGGAUUCGAUUCAGUCCCGUAAAAAGAUGGGGGCUAUGGUCUGUCGAGAGCUUGGCUGUGGUGAGAUGCUGCGUGUAAAAAAGGGCUCCUUCACUUCCAAUGGUUUUCUGAGUAAUGUUGAUUGUCAGGGUGAUGAACGGUCACUGUGGCAUUGUCUGGCAAUUCAUGAGAAACAAACAUGCACAGGAACCAACGUUAUAUGUUCAGGCAGCUUGGAUGUGCGUUUGAGUGACGGUCUGGGUCGCUGUUCCGGACGUGUAGAGGUGAAAUGGGAAGGCUCAUGGAGGCCCAUUAGCUCUAAAAGGAACACUAUGAAUUCAGACGUCGUGUGUAAACAUCUAAACUGUGGUGCAUCCUCAGAAAUAAAUAGACAACUUUUCACUGAAGGAGAAAAGACACUGCAAUGGCUGUGGGAUGUCCAGUGUAAAAGCUCUUCAGCAAAGCUCCAUGAGUGUUUCGAGAAUACUGUCUUGAGGACACCAAGUCUAGAGGAGAAAAACAAAGAAAUCAUUUGCCAAAAGGAAGAACUGAAGUUCUUUGAAGGCGAUUCUCCAUGCAAGGGAAAAGUGCGCAUCAAGCAAUUUGAUGAUAAGACUGCAUCAAAUCUGCCUGCAACACCAGAGGAAGAGAAUAAGAAAAAAGCCAAUGACGCAUGCAAAGCAAUGCAGUGUGGAACUCUGCUCUCCUUUGAACAGGAGCAAAAAGAUGCCAAAGUCACAUGUUCAGGGACAAAGACUCUUGCACUUGAAAACUCGCUUGGAGAAAAAUGCUGGGGAAUGGUGAAGGUCUGCGGAGAUGACCAGUGUGGAGGGGUUUGCAGCAACAAUUGGAGAACAGAAGAAGACUCCAAAAUGAUCUGUGGGAACCUGGGCUGUGGAAAUCCAAUUCAAGCCAAGUUACCACUUCAGAUAAAUAAUCUACCUGCCACUUACAGUAGUGUGUACUGCUCAGAAAAUGUACAAAAUAUGAUCAUGUGCAAUUUUAUUCCCAACAAAAACCCAACCUGCAAACCCCUGGCCCACGUGAUAUGCACAGACAGCAUCAAAGCUAGACUGGAGGAUCCAAGAGACAAAUGCGCUGGAAAAGCAUCACUGUUUUACGCUGGGAAGUGGACACCCAUCUGUAAAGACAGUCUUAAUACAAAUCUUAAAAAUUUGAUCUGCAAGGAACUAUCUUGUGGCGAUAGCAUAAAUGACCAACAUGAUUGGAUUUCACAAGAAGAAUCUAAAUCUAGAGGACUAUCAGGAAUUAAAUGUCUGGAUAAUGCCAACUCUGUUUCCAAAUGUGACCUCAAAGAGGUUUCAGAGAAAGAAUGUAUUGAUGGCUAUCUGAAAUGCUCAGCAUGGAAACGAUUGCUCCUCUAUAAUAAGGAAGGAGAAUGCAGUGGUCCAGUAUAUGGUCUGCGAGAUAGGAAAACACCCACUCCAGUCAGCAUAAGUGGAUGGGGCAACGAGGAAGGACAAAAGCUGUGCGAGUAUCUACAGUGUGGAAAUUUCACAUCAAGCAUCCCUAAAGACACGGACACAAACGAGUGGUGGAACAAGACCUAUAAAUGCUCAGGGAAGAAGAAUAUUUGGGAAUGCGAGAGCAAUGAUCAGCCCGUCCAGAAUCAACAGCAGUUAAACAUCCAGUGUAACCAUAAACCUCCAAAAAUGAUGCUCUCAAAAAACUGCACAGGCGAGGUGCUCAUAGAUGAAGAGCAUGUUUGUGCAUCCCGGUGGGAUGAUGGGAUGUCCAACAAGUUAUGUGACAGCCUCAAUUGUGGUAAGGAACUCUACAGCUGGACCACAGAGUCCAGAGAAAAAAAUACUUGGCAUUUCAGCUGCACAGGCAUAGAGACAUCGGUGUGGCAGUGUGGCUCUAGAAAAGACAGCUGUAAGAACAUCCUCUCUGUGGCCUGCAAAGAUAGUGUUGAAUUCAACUCUACUGAGAAGUGUGGUGGGAAGCUUGUGAUCAAGUAUCAAGGGCGAUGGGAAUAUGUCUGUGGAAAACUGACUCCGAAUGAUAACAAGAAGUUUUGUGAUGUGCUUAAGUGCAAUGAUAGACAAGAAUUGCUGGAAGGACAGAUAAUAGAAAAAGAAAUAAAGGUUAAAAUUAAUUGCCCAGAAACCCAUUACAACAUUUUUCAGUGCAUGCACCAUCUCAAUAACGAUAAAUGCAGUCAUGGACCUGCUGAAAUCAAGUGUGAAGGUUAUAUUCCAAAAACUGCAGAUAAUACUCCAAAAGGAGGUAAUUCUUCAGUUGGUCUGAUAUUGGGUCUGUCGGGAGCUGUGCUGGGGUUGCUGAUUUUGUUUUUAAUGUGGAGAAAUCGGAAACGUCUACUUUUAGCCUUAAGAUAUUACAGAAGUAAAAAGGGCAAAGACGUCAGCCCAGAUGUGAAUGAAAUGGAUAAGAUGGAUACAGGGGACAAAGGUUUUUCUGAAGAAAAGGCAUCCUUUUUAGAUGAUGAUUACGAGGAUGUGGAUUCUCUCAUGGACAAGUCAGGAGAGGAGGAUGAAGAUGACCGAAAGAGGGAUUCUUCUGGGACAGAAUAUGAUGACAUUGAGGGACAAGCCAAUGGAAUCUCUCCUUCUCAAACCCACCAUGAUGAAGACCUCGACAUCCCUCUCCUUCCCAAGAGACCCGAGAACAUUCUUGAUCAGGACACCUAUGAAGUGGAGACAGAGAAACAGCAGGACUAUGAUGAUGUCAUGUCUGUCGAGGCUACAGCCAAUGAAAAUGCAGGGAUGACAGGCACACAAGCUCAUGUAGAUGUAGACGUGGAUGAAGGUGCAGAUUCAGAUUUAGAUGCAGGUCUAUUUGCAAAUGCUGAUGCAGAUAUGUUGACCACAGAGGUAGAGGUUCACGCUCAAGGAGAGUAAUAAAGCAGCCACGAGACCAAAUUGUUAUUUUAUGUUAAUAUUAAUAAAAUCUAAGAUUGUAUGUUCUUAUGAAAGUAGAAUAUUAAUAAGAAAAUAUGGAUGAACAAAUGCUGUUUAAUAAUGAUGCUAGCUCUCUAGAUUUUUUCUCAAGAUGUAUAAAAGAAGGGACACAUACACAAACCUGAUUUGGAAUAACAAAAUCUUUAAUUAUAGUCACAAAAGUGUAUGAACUGAAGAAAAAAGCUAAUUUUUGUACUGACAAACCAGUCAAACUUUUUGUAAUUCUUAAGGUUUUGAUGUGUAGUUUUGAUCUGUUUGUUCCUGCUUUGCUUGAUUUGUUUUUUAGUCUGUUAGAGCUCAUGAGUAGGCCCACAAAAAACCUUGAAAUUCAGUUAUCAUCAUUCAAUCUUAUUCAUUUGAUUUGAUAAUUUUUUUAAACAUUUACAAGAUCAAUGCUUUUAAAAAGGUUCAAGAUCAGGUAACACAAUGUUAUCACAAACAGGCCAGAGCUCACUCAAAUUUGCAGAAUAUUUCUAACAAGAGUUUGGUCACUACAGAUAAACUAAAAAAAAAAAAAAAAAAAAAAAAAAAA